UAUUCUGAAUUACCGGUCGUUUAAAUGGUGCAUGAAGAUAUCUCAUGGUCCCUCGGUUGCGCGGCUAUGAUUUUCAGUUCGUCAGACAGCAGAUUUCUGUAUUUCAGAGGUAUCUAACGUUUGUGGAGUUACUUGCUAAUCACCUAUUCCGUCCGAGCGCUUAGCUAACGACCUCAGGAGCACGUCAACACACCGGUAGUUUUCUUGGAUUGCUGGCAUUAGCCGUAUAUGUUUUUGUCCAGUUGGACAGUUGAAACCAGUUAAGUCGUUGGCACUGAUACUGCUCUGUCAUUCGUCUCAGGCGAGUGUUUAGUGACUGUUUGCUUUUCUUUCGUGUUUGGUGGAAAGUUAAUGCCUUCCAGGACGUUACGUGUCUCGUUAUGAAAUUUCUUUACCAGCUUAUCGAAUGAAUAAUACUCAACUAUCCAAGUUUAUCAAUUUCCUAAUUUUUAUUUGUUGUACUGGGAGGGAACUGUCUGUUUCUCUGUUCAGGGAAAACAGUUGGAACAUUUGAGGUCGCUGGGUUCGGUUUUGUGGAACACUGACAGAAUGAUACAGCCAUAGUGCUGUGUUUGUUAUGGUUCUGAGAAUUCUCAUUCGUGGAAUUUAGUUCUAGUCAUCACCACCAGGGUUUUGUUUUAACUAGGUUAUGGACGGCAGUGAAAAUGCAUUUUCAUUCCAAACACAAAACAACACAACGCAUCUAUAGCCCUUAAGACAAGGUGUAGAUAAAUUUGACUAACCAGACGGUCUUCUGAAAGGUCAACGUAAAAAAAAAUGCAGACGGAGUUUCAGCAACAGUCGGACCAGUUUGUCCAUUCUCUUUCCAAUCCCGGGGCAGUGGGACUGUGUCAAGAAAUGUUGGAGGUAGCUGCUCAUGCUUGUCGGACGGGUAACUUCGAGCUCGCCGCGGAAAUUUACGGAUCUCAGCUCGCAGAUCUUACUCAACCGGACCGGGGGCUCUGUCUUCGCCGAGCCGACGCAUUGGCUCGAUCAGGAAGGAUUUCAGAGGCUUUGGAGUCGUACAUCACUGCAGCUAACAUCAGAACUCUCCGAUCAGAAGAGCUAGGUUGCUUGGUUGAAAACAUUGUCCGAACUCUUCGCGAAAAAGAAUUGAAUGUUUCGGACUCUGGGCUAGCCCACCAGAAAGACGAAUUUGGGUCAAGUACUGCGAAGGAACCUGACCGAGAAUCACGAGCGUACGACCAGCUCACGGACCCCUUCUCAUGCCGUCUUUGCAAGCGCUUGUUGUCAGACCCCUCAACUUUGCAAUGUGGCCACACUUUUUGUAAACAUUGUCUCGAAGAGGACACAGUCACUGAGUGUGUAUUUUGCAAAUAUAAACUUAAUAAAGUAGAUGGGAAACCCCAGCCGUAUGGAUUCCGCGUGAAUGUGGUUCUAAGUGGGUGUUUAGAUAAAUUAUUCGAGUCGAAAAGUAAAGGCGUUCGGUUGUGGAUAGAAGGCGAACACCAAAGGAAAAAACAAAACUUUGCAGAUGCCUUGGAGAAAUACAACAAAGCUGUGGAACUUGCACCUUCAGACUGUGACCUGCUUCUCCAGCGUUCAGAGUUACUGCUUAUGAUGGGCAAAUGUAACCAGGCCCUUAUGGACACAGAGACUGCCACCAGACAACAGCCGCUCUGGCCCGAAGGUCACUAUGCAAAGGCUGCUGCCCUGGUAAAAGCAGGUCGACAGGAAGAGGCUCUUCAGGAGUACUUCCUGUGUUUGGCCCUCAAGCCUGAUUGGACGGAAGUAAAGGUGGAGGCCCAGAAGCUGCUGAGUGAAGUGUUCUCAUCUGUGUUUGAGAGAGAUGGCUUGGCCUUGUCUCUGAGUCCUCCUCAGACAGAGCCUCUACAGUAUUUUAAACCAGCUGCCCUGCUGAGCUCUCUACACACACAGGUGACACACAAUGGCAGAAGUGCUAAACACUCUCUCUCUCUCUCUCUCUCUCUCUCUCAGAGCUGCGAUCAGAGAAAGAGGAGUGUUAAUGCAGCCAUCUCUGAUGAAUACAGUAGUCCUGAGGGCACUAAGACCCUGGGCAGUGUCGCCUCAUGUCUGUCAACUCCAUCUGGCCUGAAGAGGAAACACAGCACUGACACACCGUCCAAUGAGCCUCCAACCAAACUCCUCAGAACAGACUCAGCCUGCUCAUCUCACACAGCUGUAGCCGGUUUCAGGGGGAGGCUAGACAGCACAGAUAUGGAGUGUUCCUUGUGCAUGAGGUUGUUUUAUGAGCCUGUGACUACUCCCUGUGGACAUACUUUCUGUCUGAAAUGUUUGGAGCGCUGUCUGGACCACAAUCCCAAAUGCCCCCUGUGUAAACAAAACCUGUCCGAGUAUUUGGCCACUAGAGGCUACAGUAAGAAUGUUGUGAUGGAGGAGGUGCUCCAGCACUUCCUGGGGGAGGAGCUAGCAGACAGGAAAAAGAUCCAUGAAGAGGAAAUGAGGGAGCUGGGAAAUUUGAACCAGGAGGUGCCCAUCUUCAUCUGUACCAUGGCAUUUCCCACAAUCCCUUGCCCAUUGCACGUGUUUGAGCCACAGUACCGGUUGAUGAUUCGCCGCUGUAUGGAAACAGGAACCAAACAAUUUGGGAUGUGUAUAGCUGAUAAUCUCAAAGGAUUUGCAGAUUACGGCUGUAUGCUAGAAGUGCGGGAUGUGAAAUUCUUCCCCGAUGGACGCUCUGUAGCGGACACAAUUGGCGUGUCUCGUUUUCGGGUUCUCAGUCAUGGUCAGAGAGACGGAUACCACACAGCCAAGAUAGAAUACCUCGAGGACAAAGAGGUUGUAGGUGAGGAGUUGACAGACUUGCAGAGGUUGCAUGACUCAGUGUAUGAACAGGCGAAGGACUGGUUCAGUUCUCUAAAGGACAACAUGAAGAACCAGAUACUCAGCCACUUUGGCCAGCUACCAGGCAAAAACGCAGAUCCACAGGCAAGUUCUAAUGGUCCAGCCUGGUGCUGGUGGCUGCUUGCUGUGCUGCCGUUGGAAAGUAGAGCCCAACUCACCAUCCUAGCGAUGUCAUCUCUCCGAGAGCGUCUGGUGGCCAUCCGACGGGUCCUGCUCUUCGUGUCACGCAGGAGGCCCAAGUGACUACCUACAUCUUUACUUCCUGUCUAUGGGGUUUUUUUUGGGUUUUUUUGCAAAGUUCACUUCAAGAAUUCAAGGUGGUUCGUUGGCCGACCAGUGACCUGAACCGUAAAUGAAUUGACUUGAACUUGA